AUGUCCGACAAGAAGCGCGGCCUCAUCAUCGUCUCGAACCGGCUGCCUCUCUCGCUCAAGAAAGUCGACGGCAAGUACGAGUCCUCGCUCUCCAGCGGCGGCCUCGUCACCGCGCUCUCCGGCGUCAGCAAGUCCACCAACGUCCGCUGGUUCGGCUGGCCGGGCUCCAACAUUGAAGACCCGGACGAGCGCAAGAUCGCCAACGACGCGCUGUGGGAGAACGGCGCGGUGGGCAUCUUCCUGGACGAGGAGCUCGCGCAUAGCCACUACAACGUUUUCUCCAACGGCAUCGCCUGGCCAAUCCUGCACUACCAAAGCGGCGUCGACUUCAACGAAGACGCCUGGAAAGCCUACCAAAAGGUCAACGAGAUCUUCGCCGACACCGUCGCGCAGUCCGCCGCCGACGGCGACCUCAUCUGGAUCCACGACUACCACCUCCUUUUAUUGCCUGCAUACCUCCGCGACCGCCUCACCAAGGCAGGCAAGCACUGCCCCAUCGGCUUCACCCUGCACACCCCCUUCCCCGCCGAGGACUUCUGGCGCGCGCUCCCGGUCCAGAAAGAGCUGCUCUCCGGCGUCCUGGCCUGCGAUCUGAUAGGCUUCCACACGGACGAAUACAAGCGGAACUUCAUCGAGUGCUGUGCGCGCGGGCUGGACGUGUCCGUUUCGCACGAUGGCGGCGACAUAACCUACGGCGGACACACAGCACACACAGGGACCUUCAUCGUGGGCAUCGAUCCGACAAAGUUCACAUCCGCGCUCUCCAACCCCGACGUGCAAUCCCGGAUCGGCGAACUAGAAGAAGAAUACAAGCGCAAGCUGGUCAUCCUGGGCGUCGACCGCCUCGACUACACCAAAGGCCUGGUGCAGAAACUCCAUGGCUACGACGCCUUCCUGCACCAGCACCCGGAUCUCGCGAAAAAGACGACCCUCAUCCAAGUCGCGAUCCCCUCGCGCGAAGACGUAAAAGAGUACCAGGACCUCGAGCGCGAGAUCUCCAUGCUCGUUGGCAAGAUCAGCGGGACACACAGCACGCCCGAUGGAAGCCCGAUCGUGUACAUGCACCAUUCUGUGCCGUUCACUGAUUUGACGGCGCUGUAUCGCAUCGCCGAUAUGUGUCUUAUUACCAGCCGGCGCGAUGGGAUGAAUCUUGUUGCGGCGGAGUAUGUUGCGUGUCAGGGGGGGCGGUUUGGGGUGUUGGUGCUUUCGGAGUUGGCGGGCGCUGCGGCGUUUAUGAGUCAGGGCUCUGUGACGUUUAAUCCGAGUAGUGUGCAGCAGAUGGCUGAUGCGAUUUACAAGGCGGCGACGAUGGGGGAGGGGGAGAGGAGGGCGGGGUUUGAGACGCUUGGGGAGUUUGUGCGGACGAAUACGAGUGAGAAAUGGGGGGAGACGUUUACGAAGGUUCUGGCGGGGUUUGCAGGGUCCUAG